AGGCGCUUAAAGACAGCGGAAGGAGGAGACGGGGAGGCUUCAUUUCUGUGCGAGUCUGUCAGACGGCUGCACGGACUCUCCCUUUCAUCUCUCCGUGUCCCCGGCUUAGCUGCGCUCUGCCUCCUCCACGUCUCGGCUAGCCGCCUCUGUCCCGCGUAAGAAUGGCUUCAGGUGUAGCUGUUUCUGAUGAAGUCCUAAGAGUCUUCAAUGACAUGAAGGUGCGAAAGACCUGUACUCCAGAGGAGGCUAAACAGCGCUAUAAGUGUGUCACAUUUUGUAUGAGUAGUGACAAUAAAACAAUAGUCCAAGAGGAAGGGACGGCGAUCCGUGUGGGAGAUGUUGGAGACGCAAUUCCUGACCCCUACGCGCACUUUGUGAAAAUGCUACCUGACCGAGAUUGCCGUUACGCUCUUUAUGACUGCAGCUAUGAAACAAAGGAGAGUAAGAAAGAGGACCUAGUCUUCUUCUUCUGGGCUCCUGAAGAUGCUUCGCUGAAAAGCAAAAUGAUAUAUGCCAGUUCUAAGGAUGCAAUCAAAAAGAAAUUCACAGGUAUCAAGCAUGAAUUGCAAGCAAACAACAAGUGUGACAUAAAGGACCGCAGUACUCUUGCUGACAAACUUGGGGGCUCCUCAGUCAUCUCUGUAGAAGGAAUGAGCAUCUGAAGACCUCAUUGCCUCCUCCCAUUGUCUGUGCCACUUCUUUAAAGGGGCUUCCAUGUAACUACAUCCCCAACAGUAUCUCCAUGUACCCUUCAAGCCCUGUCUAAGAGGGAAUCCAUUCCAUAGGCAGGCUUCUACUUCAAGCCACCCCCAUGCAGACAGGCAUAAAUGUCCCCAUAGUAUGGUUUUUAUAUGUAGAGGCAGCUCAUCACAAUUUCUCUGCCCCUUCAUUUUGCACUUGCCUCCUAAGCCGAGUUAUUUUGCCAAAUGCAACCUGGCAUCUAAUACACUCCCCACCUUUAUGUAUUUAGUGAAUGCUUAUCCUAGCUCUGGAGAUAUGAUUGCCCUCUGUUCUAGCUAGAGUGAGAAGAAACCUAAUCUAUUGCUUGUGGGUUAUAACCUUACAUUCCCAAACAUUACUUCUGUAACAUUCCUGUUUUCCAGUCUAUCUGGAACUUGCAGGAUAAGUACUAAUGGUGUUUCUAGAAUGCUAUUUUGUAACAUACAAAAGUCAACCUUUCAUGCAUAACAUUAAGUCCUUACAAAGUUUUACUAUUUAACUUAGAAUAUUGGGCGGAGCUGCUUGCCCUGGCACAGCAUUCCAUAUUUAAAUCUUGAAAUGGAUGGCCGUAUUUCAGCAUACUUUGCCAAUUUCCCUCUACAUUCCUGUGACCUUAAAUAGUCACUUCUGUUUAUUUAGGGUCUUUUGGGAUUGUGUAGAUAUAAGUGACUGAAACCCUUCCUUCACCUCUACAUUCCUUUGUUCAUUGCAGUCUCUACUUUUUGUCUUGCGUUACUAAUAUGGAAGUCAUACUGGCAGAUCCGACAUUAAUAAAUCUAUAAAAGAACA